AUGGGAAAUAUAUGUAGUUGUUUCCACAUCAGGGAGCCUGAAGAAGAUGUUUCCACUUGUCAGAAUUGUACCUGUCCCAAUUGCAUCAUUCAUACCCUCUUGGACAAGUUUUUUUUGCUUCGUUUAGAAGAAAGCUGCCAUUCCUAUUCUGAUUCUAUGUUUUUGAGCUACUGGUUAUUGUUUCAAGCAAUCAUCGGUGGAAUAAUUCGAAACUUAUAUAAAUUCGUUCAGCAGUAUACAGGAAUAUUCAGCAAGGAGCAAUCGGAUGCCCCAACUUCGACUGCUCAAGUGGCAGCCCCUUUGAGUUCUGAUGUUGCAUCUAACAAUAUACAAUCCAACCAUAUUGUCACAUCUGCUCCAAGAAUCUUGCAUUUUGAUAUUGCUGAUGCUACAAGCUCCAGUCAGAAACAGGAUGGGCAGAUUAGAGAGCAGGAGAAUGGUCAAGUUGACAUGGAGCAUGACAGUAACAAAUCAACCGGACUUCAAUUCGAAGGGACAUCAAUAGCACAGUCCCAAUUGAAGUUCUCAUCUGAGAAAUCUGAAGCUGAAGUUGCUUGUGCCUGUGAAUUAUCAGAAGAUGAGGAUGUUUGUCCCAUAUGUCUUGAAGAAUACAUCCCUGAAAACCCAAAGAUUGUUCUUCAAUGUUCCCAUGGUUACCACCUUAGUUGCAUAUAUGAGUGGAUGGAGAGAUCAGAAAGCUGUCCAAUUUGCGACAAGAUGAUGAUAUUUGAUGAAGCAACUUGACAUCGGAUUACGAGACACAGAAAACCAAAGAUGAACAGAUGGUUUUAUAACUAGUUUUACAGUCACAUUUCAAAAGUUUUUCCCAGUUUAUAAUAGAUGAGAAAGAGAUAAA